UGCGACUUUGAAAGACGAGCUACUACGCGAGAAGAGAAGGCGGCUGAGCUCCGGCGGGAAAAGUUUGCAGCGCUUCUUGGGGGGCGCUGAAGAACAGCGAAAUCACACUCACACGACGACGAAUUCCUCGUCUAGGGGAUACAACACACACGAUCAGCUUCUAUCCGGAGGUCGUGGAGCUGGUGCACCAGCUGUCACGGCCAGUACUGCCGCCAUGAGCCGGAGUAAAGUCGGGGUGCCGAGCUACCACCACACGGGUACAAAUGGUGCGAGCACGAGGACCCCCACUACAGCCGGAGUUCAUCUGGAGCAUCAAACUAGUACUGGCAAUAGUACAAUUACGUCUAAUAAACCCGCGAACCUGCGACCGCUGACUAGUCGGCCCGCCGGCGGUGCUGGACAUCCGGG